UAGAUACUAAAAUCAGUUUAGUCUUAUUUAGUACCAAUGGAUGGAUGUCCUGUGAAAAAGAAAAUGGAUUCUGCCUUAUGAUUGGUCAAUCCAUUCUUUGAAAGGAAAUUUAAAAUAGGAGCUCUCAUGUUGGCAGGAUUUUCAAGUGUUUUCACAACGCAAAUAUGGAUUUGCCAGACUGCAAAGGUACAGGAAGUGGAUUUACCCUGUACUUGGAAACACAAAAGAAGAUAGCUGGGUUUUUGAAGACAUUUGAGGAGGAUCACAUAACAUGGCUAGAAGAAAUACUUCUAGAGGCCAGAAAAACAUUUUCAAGGAGAAGUUUAACGCUUUUGCCAAAAACACCAACAACAAAAAAGAGGCAUCGUCGAAUUCGGCCAAAUCCAGAAGAUACAGAUGAUAAUAGUGGAAGUCCUCCGGCAAAGAGAAGAGUACAAAGAAAAUCCAAGUCUCUAGAUGGAACAGUUGAAACUGAACCAAUUCAAUCUAGUGCACCUCUGCAUUCUACACGUAGCACUCGGUCUUCCAAUCGAGGAGGGACACAAGAAGGAGUUAGACGCACAACACGAAACAAACAAAAGCCGCUUAAGUCAGUUACUAUUAUGGAAACAAGUGAAGAAAGCUCAUCGGAAAGAGAAUCGGGAUCCUCUUGCAACACUGAGCAUAGUGAGAAGGAAAACCGGGUCAAAAAAUUAAUAAACCAACAUGAAAAGAUGAUUGCUGAGAGCUCUGAUGAUGAUGUCCAAUCACCAAAGCGAAUGUCUAAAUUCAGAUCGAAAAAACUUGAUGACAUUUCAGAGAAUGUGUCACCAGCGGAAAAACAAAGCCAGGAAUGUGUUGAAGAUAAACCGAAUGUGCUUCCAGCAGAUAAGCAAAUCCAGGAAUGUGUUGAGGUAAAACCAGUCCCCAUGGCAGAGAAACCCAUAUCAGAAGGACCAGUUGUUAAUGUGAAAGAGCCUAGUCCUGUUCUCGCUGAAGAAUCUGUUGUAGAAUCGGUCAUAACAACAACAGACGAUGAACAAAUUGACUCUCAGACAGUUGAGGAUACCAAACUCAACUCCUCCAAUGAGAAUAACAAAGAACUAACAAACUCUAAAGGAUCAUCCAGUUCAGAGUGUGUGUUUGAAGAGGAUGUAGUAGUUGAGGAAAGUAUAGAAGAGGACAGUUUAAAUGAAGGCAGCAAUGCAGCAUCAAUACCAACACAAUCAUCUUUUAUGCUGAACAAUGUAAGAAUGUCGAUCUCAAUGAGCAAGUCGAAGACCAAAUCGUCUAUGUCAAAGCGCCGGUUAUCUCGCGAUGCAAAUGUAAGGAACUCUGUGAGACAGUCUGUAAGGUGUAGUAAACGAUUGUCCAUAAUUUCACAAAAAUAUAAAAUAGAAAGCUGCAAAGAAAAAUCGCAAGAAAAUGAUUGCAUCAUUGCUGAAGGAAGGAUGUCGAUUUCAAUGAGCAAGUCGAAGACCAGAUCUUCUAUGUCAUCUCGCCGGUUAUCCUGUGAUGCAAAUGUGAGAAAAUCUGUGAGACAAUCUAUAAGGGCUAGUAAACGGUUGUCCAUGAUUUCACAAAAGAAUAUAAUGGAAAGCUGUGGAAAGAAAUCUCAAGAAGGAAGUGAUAGCAGUAGUCCUGAAGAAAAGAUUGCACCAUUCGCAGAAAGCAUACCAGUUGAGAUGCCAGUGGUAGCAGAAUGCUCACCAGCUCCGAUAGUAGUAGUGGCAAAAUGCUCACCAGUUCAUCAGAAUGCCAAUGAAAACUCAAUGGAAAGGGCAAAAUCUAACUGUUCAAGUGAAAGUUGUGUAGAAUUAGAAUCAGUGGAUGAUGCAGAAAAUGAGCCUCGGAGACAGACAAGAAGCCGUAAUAAACAGAUGAAGCCAUCCCAGCAGGCACCUCAACCUAACACUGAUGACACAGCACCUAAAACUAGCAACAAACGAAAGCAGACUCAUGAUUCUGAUGAGUCGAAGGAAUCCAGUCCUGACAAGAAGCCCACUAGAACACGAACUAAAACAAGGAAGUACACAAAAUCUAAUACACAGGAUACGGAUAGUGAAAUGGCUACUCCAGGAAAAGAGCAACAAACUAAUAGAAGUGUUAACACUGCGGAGAAAAUUAAAAAGGGAGUCAAGAGGUCAUCAGUGAGUGAAAAGGAGAAGAGAUUUUCAAAAGGAAAGAAGAUACGUCUUUCAGAUCCUGGCAAGGUGGAGGUUGUUGAACUGAGCUCCGAUGCUGUAGUCAAUCAGGAUCAAUCUGAGCAGUUUGAUGACAGCUUAGAACCUUCAUCUGCAGAGGAAAUGAAGGCGGAUGAGAAAAGUAUCAAAGAGCCUAAACGCAAGUUACGACGUACAACCCAAGACAGUGAUCCAGGGGCAACAGAGACUGUGUCCUUGGCUGCUGCUGAAAGCUCACCAAAUGAGGAUGACAUAAGAUCUAAAGAAUCUUGCGAUGAGGAUGUUGUUGAUAAGACACCUUCUCCCGUUUGUCCUGCUAACAAGAUUGUAAGACCACAUCCACAAUCUUUCCUGAACAAGAAAAAAGAUGAUGGUGUACUGCCAACAAAUGCUAAUGGUAUUAUUACUUCAUUCAUCAAAAGAAAUACUCCCAAGAAGAAAACAUUGAAGGAACGUCAAGAAGAGAUAAAAGCACAAAUUAGACAAAAGCAGCGAAAGGAAGAAGAGAUUAGGAAGAAAUUACAACAGGACAAGAAGAAUAAGAUGGAAGAACAGAAAAGGAAGCGAGAAGAGCGAGCUAGAAAGGCAGCUGAAGCAAGAGAACGUAGAAUCCUUCUCCAGAACGAGAAGAGACAGAAACUAGAAGAAUUUUAUGAGCACAAGCAGGCAUUUACAGAGAAGCAAAAAGAAGAGAAAAAACGGGAAGACAUGGAGAAGAAGAAAGUAUUAACAAAGAAACGACUAGAAGCAGAAGAGAGAAGACGCAUUGAAGAGGAUAAUAGGCAGGUGAAGAUGAAGCAACAGGAAGAGGAACUUAAACGUUACAAGGAGAUGAUGUCUAGAAAGAAAGAGUUUGAGGAGCAAGAGCGUCUGCAGAAACAGGAAGAAUGGCGGCAACAGCAGGAGCUGAGAAGAGCUGAACAAGAGAAGCAGAGACUGGAAGAAGCUAAAAGACGAAGAGAUUUGGAGAUGGAAAACGAAAGAGAACAACAGAGAUUGAAAGAGCAAAAGGAGAAAGAACGCAGAGAGCUCGAGCGUAUGAGAAUUCAAGAGGCAGAGAUGAGGGAGAGAGAAAGAAAAGCAAGAGAGGAAGCAGAAGAACUGAAGAAAAUUGAAGCUGAGAGGAUUCGAAGGGAACAAGAACGCAAAAAGGAAAGAGAACAUUUGAAACAGAUGAUGAUGAAAGAGAAGCAGCAAAUAGAUGCUACUGGUACACCAAAAAUAAAGCAACCACUGAGUACCAACAACACUGCCCUCAACACUACCGUCACCAAGGAUCCUGAAAUGCAGUCACCACAGUCUUACGAACUUACACCCCAAAGAGUUCACAAACCGUCGACAGAGGAAAAUUACUGUAUUGAUGACAUCAAUAGUGAGGAUUCUACUGAUGAUGAAGAACGUCCAAGGAAGAAGGUACCAUCAUGGGCCCAAGGUGCAGCACUAAGGUCUCACUUGAUCCACCAAAUUCGAUUCCCUAUAAAUUUGGAUAAGAUUUUCGGCCCAAUAGAACCUCCAGAUCUCACAAAAGUUUUCCAAAAGAAAAGAACGCGAUACUUAAAGAGAACCAGCUCAGCUGUAUGGAACUCACCUAUUUUCAACAAAUACUAGCUCACUGUGGAAUAGCAUUUUAAACAAAUGAAGUUUCUCAGCCUGUCUAUUUACAUCCAGUAUGUAAAUAUGCGGGUGUCAUGUAAAUAUGUAAAUUACUACAUAUGAUCUGAAUAGUGUCAGUGUUUAAAAAAGGAAUAAUUCUCACCCUAUAAUUAUUUGAUCGUUUUCUUUUUAGAUAUUGUAGUCAUUGAUUUGGUUUUGUUGGUAUUGUGAGAAAGAAUUUGUCUACAUGUGUUGUUUAAUUUUUACAGAAAAUUAUCUAUAAAAAUUUAUGAAAUUUAGUUUAAAUAUUAAUAUUAAUGAACUUAGAUUAAUAACUGUGGUAUUAACAUUAUAGAAACUACAAAAGUUGUUUUUUUUUUUUCAAACGUGUAUAUUUUCAAUAUAUUGGUAUUUUACUGAAUCAGCGAUAUCACACCAAUUUGUUAGUAUGAAAUUUGAAGAUUGUAUAAUAUUGUGAAUCAAUAGAGGCAGGUACAAAUACUGUACUGUAAUAAAAAAUUUAAGAAGGUGUGAUGACAUUUCAACAAAAUAUUUACUUCCAUCGACAAUGUAUAACAUUGUUAUAAACAAUAGGAAAAGUAAAUACAAAUAAAGAUAGGUUAAAUAUUGAUGUACAUUAUAUUCAAAGUACCUGGUGAUUCCAAUGGAAGAUUUAAUGAAAUUUGAUAUAGUAUUCAGAGCUUUUUUUUUUACUUGUAAAAUUAAAGUAAUAUAGGGUGAGAAUGAA